AUGGGGGCGUCCCAGUCUCAUUCCUGUGGGUGGCAGAGGAAAUGCUGCGUGACCGCUUAUCCUGACGACUCCCUGGGGGAGUUUGUGGACACCAUGCAAGCUGACGUGCAGGUUGGUUUCGUGCAGGUUCCAGGUCCGGCACAGCAGUGGCUGCCACCCAUCAGCCAGGAAGACCUUCGAAGACUCCAGAUCCAGCAGGAAGAAACGCAUCGUCAGCAAAUGCUUCAACAGCAUCUUCAACAACAACGCCACCGAGAUAUGCUGACAAAGCGAAUGCGUGAAUCAGAGAAGCUUGCCAUGCAAAUGCAGCACCUGCGCGAGCUGCAAGAGCAGCAACGUCGCACAUCUGGAGAGUGUGAUGGUGGGCAUCCAACGCUGAUGCAGCACAUCUAUCACACCAGGUGCCUGUUUGUGAAUCCUUGA